AUGAUACUGCUGUAUGAGCUCCAAAAGCGGCUGGCCAACCUGAGACCCACCACCACAGUCGUGACCACUGCCACCGGGGCCCGCUACAUUGAGCGCAGGAGAUCCUCCGGUAGAGAGGAGUGCACAGCCUCGUCUCCGCAGCAGCUGGAGGCCCGCCAAUACGGAUUUGUCGUGGACACUAAGCCUGACGCUUUGCCCGCCUGUAUAUUGAGCGAGUUCCUUUACCUAGGCUCCCAGGAUGCAGUGACUCCAGAAAACGUUCUGAAGUACAAGCUGACGCACAUUCUAAGCGUCGGCAUACAGACGCCGUUUGUGGAGUGGCCUGCGCCAGUAAAAUGUAAGUACUUGCCUUGCCAGGACCUGCCGGAAACGGACCUGAUGCACUUCGUCCUGCCCGUCUCCCUUGAGUUCAUCGAUGAGGCACGGCGGUCGCAGGGCUGCGUUCUUGUCCACUGCAACGCGGGAGUAUCGAGAUCCGCAUCCGUGGUUAUCGGCUAUCUGAUGCAGCGAAGGGACAUGUGCUACGAGGAUGCGUACAAUCUGGUCAAGUCGUGGAGGCCAUGCAUACAGCCCAAUGCGGGCUUCAUGCAGCAGUUGAAAAGUUCUGGUAAAACAUAAGUAGAGUUAAGCAAUAAGCGGCGUAGUUUGGUGUCCAGCUUUUUUUGUAGCUUACAUAUUUGUUGAACAAUACACACUUUUAACCACGAAA